UCGACAAUCAAUUAAUUAGACUACUCCUUGACAGAUUGCUAGCAGAAUUGACAGCUUUGGUUGUUAUCGAAUUUGCCAGGAACAACACCUGCUUACAUAACGCCAUACAGCGCCGCAGAUCAACACUAACCAACGACGACGUUGAACGACCUCCACGGCCAGACACCCUUUCCUCAGUUCUACAUUAAGCCAUCGAUCUGAUAUCCGGAGAUCUUGAUAAGUACAGCAUCAUAUUCAAAAUUUCCAACACUCCUCACCUCGACUCAUCCGUCUCGUUUCCCCUGGUCGAUCCCCCCCGCAUCAUGGCAUCCGACGCCCACGCCGGCCCCAAGGAGCUCUACGAGUCCGGCCUGACCAUCCCAUCGGACUCGGAAAACUACUCUGCGCCAAACGAGCUGGUAUCGUCUGUUCACUCGACGUCCACCUCGCCUGUGGUCCUUUACAAGCCCCCAACAUUCUGGAGUGUCCUGCGAGGCGCCGCAAUCAACCUGGUGCUUCCCUUUGUGAACGGAUUGAUGCUGGGAUUUGGAGAACUGUUUGCGCAUGAGGCUGCUUUCAGACUUGGCUGGGCCAACACCAAGGUCUUCCCAACAUACAGACGAGCCGUGGGCCCUGGAAUUGAAGUCCGCGACGUUUCCUCGAGAAGGGGUUUGAGGGACACCACAUCCUUGGAAUAAACAGAUAUAUGCAGUGGCACCGUCCCUUUGCCCCUCUUCCCUCUGAACCCCUUCCCCAAUUUCGCAUCGCUUGCCCAGCACUGCAUGAUUAAACACCCCGGAGCUUUUUCAACCUCUGCCCGUUUCCCCAUCCCUAAGACCAUGCGCUAGUGCGCGUGGACUUUGUCUUUUGUGUACAUAGGUUCCAAAACCCCAGACGGCGUUUGGCGAAACACCCUUUUGAAUUUGAGUUGGCAUACCGUUGUGAUCUUACAACCGCACAUUGCAAAUACAAGUCAUAAACAUUCACAC